AUGAUUUCUUUCGCUUCGCUUAGUCCAAAUCCUCUUGUUUUUGAGCCCAUUAGUAGCAUGAAUAGUGUUUAUUACGAUCCUGCUAAUGGGCAGGUAUUUACUCUUCGUGCGAGAGGUGCUAUGGGAGUGAAUGUCAAGUCGUUAGAAUCCCGAAAAACAUCUAAUUUUCGGAUCUGUGAUAAAGGAGAGGUCCUUUCGAUUAAGUUCGAUCCCAACUGUACAGUUCUGAGUCUGCAACGGAAGCGAAAUUGUGUUGACUUUAUAAACUUUGAAAAUGGUCGUCCAGAAGACAUUGAAUACUCGCAAACUUGCAAGAAAACGGCUUCAAGUAUAAUCGGUUUUAUUUGGUCCAGUGACAACGAAAUAAUUUUUGUUACAAAUGAAGGCUUUGAACUAUACCAGGGUUUUGUAACGAAAUGUUCGAGUUUUGAGGUACCCGAAGAAGAGAUUCUCUCUCCGUCUUCGACUUCAACAUCAGCGGCAUCAGAUGACUUAAAGAAACUUCAGCAAAAGAAUUGUCUUCUGGCUAAUCUGUACGUUUUAUUGCUGAAAAGUUUGACGUCUGGUUAUUUUUUUCCUCUAGUAUUCUGUUUACAACGUAGUAACGAUGCACUUGGGAACCACCUAUACGAUGUUCCAGCUCUCUCUCUUGAACCAGAAACCGAGUUUCAUACACCUCUAUGUAUCCUUUCCUUUAUUCAUCAAAUUUAA